AUGUCGCUGCACGCCUGGGAGUGGGAGGAUGAGGACCGGGCAAGCAUGGAGCCCAUGUCCUCCCUGGCCAGCCUUUACCAGUCACUGAGCGACUGUGAUAUGGAGGAGUACCUGAGGGCCAGGGCCAGGGCCCAGGAGUCUGACUCUGAUGACCAGUACAGCAGCAUGGGGUCCUUCGUGGAGACUGCCAGCACCUUUGACUCCGACGUGCCCCACGUUGUCCCCUGCAAAUUCAUUAUCUCGCUGGCCUUCCCGGUUAAUGUAGGUCAAAAAGGAAAAUUCACAAAUGUCACUGAUAAAUAUAAGAGACACUUUAAAGUGGAAAGCCGUGUUGCAAAGGCUCGCCGUUUCUACCACAUCGAAUAUUUCAUCCUGCCCGACGAUGAAGAACCUAAAAUAGUCGAUAUAGUGCUAUUUCCAACAGUGGCCAAAGUAUUCCUGGAGUCAGGAGCAAAGACCAUGAAGCCUUGGCGAGAAGGUAACAAAAUCUGGGUGUCAUAGAGCCAAACUUUUAAUAUCAACGUGACAAAGGAAUUAUUAAAGAAAAUAAAUUUCCACAAGGUCAUCUUGAGGCUCUGGGACACCAAGGACAAGGUUUCGAAGAAAGUCAGGUAUUAUCGACUAAAGGCCACCGGUUAUUCUGAGGACACAGGAUCUUAUGGUAAGUCUGAGAUUUUGGAAGUAAGACAUUUGGUUUUAAAUCAGAAAAGAUUGUUUGAAAUGGGUCCUGAGAAAGCCAACUCUCUCACAGAGGAGUGGGACCAGGAGUAUGCACCAGGAAAACAAGAAAAGGCAGAAAAACACUCAAAGUCUCCACAAGAUUCUCACCAAGCAGAGCCUGAAACUUCUUCCAGGAAUAGUGAGGAAUAUGAAAAGUCACUCAAAAUGGAUGAUUUUACCUCAUUUCGGCGGAAUACUUCAAGACCACCAACUACUUCUGUGGCAGGAACAACCAUGAUGGAGAUCAAGGAAUCAAUUGAGAAAACAUCAUUAACUAGCUUAACCAACAUAUUAGAAAGGCAUAGGUCUCAAAUUAAAGGGAAAGAGUCAGAGUGGAAAAGGAAAAGCCCUCAGAGAGGGAAGAAAUCUCGAGCAGAAGAGGAAACAGAUUCCAAGCUAGCAGAGGCCUGGAAGCAGAGUGCCUUCUCCCUCCAGCUGGCAGUCAUGCCUCUCCUUGCUGGUAGCUAA